CGGAGAGCGGUCAAAGACCCAGAAGCCUUUGAGCGAGAGGCAGCUGGUGCCCCGCGAAGGUGUCAGGGCCGAAGCAUGGCUGCUGCUUCCGCCCGCGACGGGCCCGACGGGGACGCCCAUUGGAAAGGGGCCGGACAGGAGGCGUGGAGGCGGACGAGGACCCCUAGGUACCCGCCAGCCCUGUACCAUCGUGGAGCGGAGUGGACCGGAAAGGACGAGACCCUGCCCAGGGCGGCGCCCAAGAGGGCGUCGGAUGGAGGCGUCUCCUCCGGGCCGAGUCGCACCGCCGCCCUUAAACGUAGUUGGGCGAUGAACGGCGAGAACUCUGACAGUUCCUCCGAUUCAGAUGCCGACGAGCUCCCGCGGAAAGCAAAGCGGGAGAACCGUGGCGUCCUCUCUCCCGUUCCGUUGGUCCCGCGCAGUCAGAAGCAGCCAGCUCGGGCCGGGGGGAGGGCCAGCGACGACUGGGCUAGUGCAGUGCUGACGGACGAUAGCCAGGACGAGUUGGCCAGACAGUUCGAGAAGCUGGAAAUCAAGGAGAGCGCCGCCGAGAGCGGGCGGGCGGAGACCCAGAAUCGUUUGCUAGCCAGAAAACUCCCGAGAGUGCAGGAGGCAGAGAAAGGAGACCACGAGCCGGCUGAAGGCGUCUGGGGAGCCUCCCCCAUCGCAAGGACAGAAGAGAAUAAAGGAAAAUGCCAUCCCCAGCGCAAAUGCCUCGUCGAAGGAAAACCGGAAGAGAGACAAGAGAUAAAUUACAAAAGAUACUACGAUAUUCCUGAGGCGGGUUCGGAGGAAGUAGUGGCAAGGGAAAUUUCCCACAGGAUGGAAGUGGAAGAAAAACACCCAGAGAAGUCUAUCUGAGUGUCUUGAGAAACACUAAGAGCCUAACUGCUGAACAAAUUGAGGAAAUUUUCUGUGAGGAACAAAAAUGCAAAAAUAAACAUCCAAAGGAUGCUGAGAAGAGAAGCCUACAAGUCUGGAGGGGAAAAUUGAAGUAUCGUAAUUUUAAAGAAGAUUGCAGUCCUUCUAGCAUGGCAUCGGCCCCUCCAGAAGAUUCAAAGGAAGAAUGCAAUGAAACUAAGUUAGGUUCAGAGGAAGCAGUCAAGGUUGUUCCUCCUCACGACUGUGAGCUUUCUUAAUGGUACCCUGAAUCUGUUUUUUUAAACAAAAAUUGUUUAAAAACCUUAGAGUUAUUCUGUUGUUUGAUUAGGACUAUGUUGUUGAUUUUUGUGUGCAACAUAUUAAAGAAAGGUUCUGAGCUAG